AUGGCAACAAACAGCGCGCGAGGCAACCCAAUCGGUGCCCCCGACGGGCCUCAGAAGGAGGGCCCUCCUCCCCCGGCUGUCUCUCCCGAGACCAAGGCCACCGUCCAAAACGUGUCGACCAGCGGUUCUACCGGCACCCAUGCGUCUGGCCAAGAUGCUGGCGCCGCUUCGACCGCCCCGGCUAAGGUGAAGACCGAGAAGGAGCUGGAAAAAGAGAGGAAGAAAGCAGAGAAGCUGGCCAAGUUCCAGCAGAAGAAAACUGCUGCACAAGCUGCCCCGGCGGCGGCGCCUAGCAAGGCAAAGGAGAAGAAAGAGAAGAAGGAGGAGGAGGUUCUGCCCGAGUACGUGGAGGAGACCACUCUUGGGGAGAAGAAGCAAAUUAAGAGCUUCGACGACCCCUACUACAAGGCAUAUAACCCCGUGGCUGUCGAGUCUGCAUGGGGCGAGUGGUGGGAGAAGCAAGGCUUUUACAAGCCGCAGCUCACUGCAGAGGGCAAAGUCAAGCCUGAAGGUUCCUUUGUUAUCGUUGUGCCGCCACCCAACGUGACUGGUGCCCUUCACAUGGGCCACGCGCUGGGCAAUUCCCUAGAAGAUAUCCUUACCAGGUGGCAGAGAAUGCUUGGGAAGACGACACUAUGGUUACCAGGAACCGAUCAUGCUGGUAUUGCCACACAAAGCGUCGUCGAGAAGAUGCUCUGGCGAAGAACACAACAGACCCGUCAUGAUCUCGGGAGAGAAAAAUUCGUCGAGACUGUCUGGGACUGGAAGGAGGAAUAUCACAAGAGAAUCACAAACGCCUUCCGCAAAAUGGGAUGCUCCCUCGACUGGAGCCGUGAGGCAUUCACGAUGGACGAGAAUCUUACUGCUGCCGUUAAGGAGCACUUCGUUCGCUUGCAUGAGGAGAAGAUCAUUUACAGAGCAAAUCGACUCGUCAACUGGUGCUCAGCCCUGAGCACUGCUCUGAGUAAUCUCGAGGUGGAGAAUAAGGAGCUUAGCGGAAGAACCCUCCUCGACGUUCCAGGCUACGAUAAGAAGGUCGAAUUCGGUGUCAUUAUACAUUUCCAGUACCCCAUCGAAGGCAGUGACGAGAAGAUCGAGGUCGCUACUACUCGUAUUGAGACUAUGCUCGGUGAUACUGGUAUCGCUGUUCACCCAGAUGACAAGCGCUACACCCACUUGGUUGGGAAAUAUGCCGUUCAUCCUUUUAUCGAGGGCCGUAAACUACCUAUCGUUGCGGACUCGUAUGUCGAUAUGGAGUUUGGUACCGGUGCAGUCAAGCUGACCCCGGCGCACGAUCCCAACGAUUUCAAUCUAGGACAAAAACACAAUCUUGAGUUUAUCAACAUCCUGACUGAUGAUGGUCUGAUGAACGACAAUGCCGGCCCAUACAAGGGACAGAAGAGGUUUGACGUCAGAUACACACUGCAGGAUGACCUCAAGAAGCUCGGACUCUAUGUUGACAAGAAAGACAACCCAAUGAAGGUCCCUCGCUGUGAGAGGAGUAAGGACGUUAUUGAGCCGCGUUUGAAGAAGCAGUGGUGGAUGAAGAUGCGCGGUCUCGCGGAUGAAGCUGUCAAGGCUGUUCAGGAUGGCGAGAUCAAAAUCCGACCAGAGUCAGCUGAGAAGAUGUACUUUCGCUGGAUGGCAGACAUUCAGGAUUGGUGUAUUUCCAGACAGCUCUGGUGGGGACACCGAGCGCCCGUCUACAAGGCCAUUAUCGAAGGCCAAAAUGCCGAGGACUCGGACGAUGACAAUUUGUGGUUCUCGGGACGAAGUAGAGAAGAAGCUGAGGAGAAAGCUAAGAAGGCCUUGCCUGGGAAGACUUUCGUACUCGAGCAAGAUCCAGAUGUCUUAGACACGUGGUUUAGCUCUGGUCUCUGGCCUUUCUCUACAAUGGGAUGGCCCAAGCAGACGAAAGACCUGGAGAACUUCUAUCCUACUUCACUACUGGAAACAGGUUGGGAUAUCAUGUUCUUCUGGGUCGCCAGGAUGAUCAUGCUCGGCAUCAAGCUCACUGGCAAGGUCCCCUUCAGGGAGGUGUAUGCCCACUCCCUAAUCCGUGACUCUGAGGGACGGAAAAUGUCCAAGAGUCUGGGCAACGUUAUUGAUCCCCUAGACGUUAUCCGUGGCAUAACACUAGAUGAUCUCCAUGCCAAACUCUUGACUGGCAACCUUGCGCCUGGUGAGGUGAAGAAGGCCACUGCCUACCAGAAGUCAGCAUUCCCGCAAGGCAUCCCCGAGUGCGGUGCUGAUGCGCUACGGAUGACUCUGGCUGCGUACACCACUGGAGGCAGCGACAUCAACUUCGACAUUAAGGUCAUGCACAGUUACCGUCGUUUUGCCAAUAAGAUCUAUCAAGCCUCAAAGUAUGUUCUUGGCAAGCUAGACAGCAACUUCGUCCCUCAGAAGACUAGAACGCUCAAUGGAAAAGAGAGCUUGGCGGAGCUUUGGAUCUUGUCAAAGAUGAAUUCAGCAGCCGGCCUUCUCAACGAGACUCUCGAGGAGAGAGAGUUCAUGAGGGCUGCGAACGGAAUUUACGGCUUCAUCUAUAACAGCCUGUGUGAUACCUUCAUUGAGAAUUCAAAAGCAAUUCUUCAAGAAGGAAACAAGGAGGAGCAGGAGUCGACCAUGCAGACGCUAUACUCAGCGCUCGAGGCAUCCCUUCUCCUGAUCCACCCGUUCAUGCCGUAUGUCACCGAAGAGUUGUGGCAGCGACUCCCCCGACGACCAGAGGAUGACACCCCGAGUAUCAUGCUCGCAAAGUAUCCCGUGUACGAGGAUAAGCUACAUAAUGUGGAAGCGGAGAGUGCAUACCAGCUCGUCCUAGAUUGCGCCCAGGGUAUCCGCUCACUGAAAGCCGAGUUCAAAGAAGCAGGACAGGUUUUCAUCCAAGCCUAUAAUGAUGGCUCUUUCAAGACGGCCACCGAGCAGGUGACCUCCAUCAAGUCGCUAAGCGGCAAGGGCGUCACCUCCAUCGACGUCCUCUCGUCCGACAAGCCGCGGCCUCAGGGCUGCGUGGCCUUCCCCGUCGGCAGCAACGCCGCCGUGUUCCUGCACGUCAAGGGACUCGUCGACCUCGACGCCGAGAUCACCAAGGCGGCCAAGAAGCUGGAGAAGACGCGGGCCAACAUCGACAAGCAGCGCAAGAUGGUCACGGACCCGGGCUAUCUCGAGAAGGUGGCCGUCGCGACGCAGCAGCAGGACAAGCAGAAGCUGGUCGACCUGGAGACGGAGGCGAAGGGCUUCGAGGGCACGAUCGAGCAGUUCAAGCAGCUGAAGCUAGAGUAG